AUGGUGACGAGUGGAUGCAUGGGCAUGCGGAGGCUGACGGCAUCAGCAGGAGCAGCAGCAGGUCACUCCAAGUGGGCCAACAUUCGCCACCGCAAGGCCGACGUGGACAAGAAGCGCGGCUCGCUGCUCAACCGCAUGUCCAAGGAGAUCAUGGCUGCUGUGAAGGAAGGCGGUGGCGAUGCUCGAGAGAACCUUCGACUGGCUUCCAUUGUCUCGCGUGCUCGUGCUGCCAACGUGCCCAAGGCCAAUGUUCAGUCUGCCAUCGAUGCUGCUCUCUCCAGAUCGGCUGCCGGCUCGGAGAGCGUGUACGAGGGCCAGCUGGGCCCGGUCUCGCUCCUCAUCCAGACUCUGACCGACAACAAGAACAGGACAACAGCUCGUGUCCGCCACUGCUUGACAAAGUACGGUGGCGCUCUCGCUGGCGCCGGAUCUGCCGCUUGGCUCUUCAAUCGCCGCCUGCUCUUCUCCAUUCCGCUGCCGCACGACGACGCCAUCGUCGACGCUCUCAUGGACGCUGCCCUCUCCAACGGCGCCGAUGACAUCGAGGUCAACGAUAGUGAGGACGGCUCCGACGAGCCCGGCUCGCUGGUGGUCGUUGCCGAGCCAGCCUCGUCCAAGCCGCUCGGCACCGCCCUCCACGCCGCCCUCGCCGAGCUCUACCCCGCCGGCCCGCCGGAGCUCGACGUCAAGAUGGUCACCAUGCCUGACAAUUUUAUCGACGUCUCGCCGGACCAGGCCGCCUCGCUCAACUCGGUCCUCGACAUGCUCUCCGACGAGGACGACGUCGUCGACGUCGAGCACAACGCCAACCCGGACCUUCUCUAG